CGCCUUUUCGUCGCCUACUCACGACUUCGCUUUGCAGUCAUCGAGUUUACACUCUCUUCUUUCAUCGGCACACUUGCUAUAGCUCAUAUAUUCGGCGCCCGACAGGCAAAGCGCUGCGCUGCUGUGCCACAUCGAUCGCGCCGCAGCGCCAGUCCUGAGACAUCUCAUCCCUUAGGAUAAAACAGGCACAUCUUCUAGUCAACUCAAGGCUUAACACUCGACCACUUCCCCCUCUCUGCGCCAGCGACCAACAGAAAGAUCAGCAGACAAAGUACUGUCACCCUGUUCGCAGCCGUCGGCCUAAUACCCCGUUGAGUUGAGCUUUGAAAGCAGUUACCGAGUGGCAUUUAAACCCUACCUUGAAAUCGUUCGGGAGUGACGGCCAGCGUCCGCUCGGCCAUGAAUACAACAGAGGCUCAAGAGCAGAAAAUGAACGGCGAAACAGAGCGCGUCGAUUUCGAGGAUGACGGCAAACCCCCGACUAUCGUCAGUGGGCUCGAAGACAUUCGAGUCCGAAAGACUGUGGACCUGAACGUCGUAACUGAUUGUCUCGCGCACUGGACCUGCGCGGAGGCCUUUCGCGAAAUAUAUCAGAAUUGGAGAGACGAAAUUCGACGAGGCUUCCACAUCUCCCUUCGAGACUUUGCGCCCAUAAGUUCAGAGAGCAGCGGUGUGAUUCUCAUCCAACAGUUUCAUCCCGUAAGCAAGGAGCUUUGCGGAUACAUACGGUUCAAGUACAACAAGAAUGGAGAUGGUGAAUUGGAGGUAAGAAACUUCAACGCUUCUCUGAAGUAUCGACACUUGAAGAUUGGAGCUAGCACAAAGGCACACGAUAAGAACCAGAGUGGGAAGUACGGCGAGGGCUUGAAGGUGGCCGCUCUCAUUUUCCGUCGCUUCCCUAAUAAUCACAGCUUCCGCAUCGAGAGUUCCGGCUUCAGUUGGAACUUUAUCUUCAACCAGGAACUCGAUCUGGCCUGCACCCUGACGCGCAUGAGCGACGCGAAGCUCGCCCAGGAGAACAAGAAGGCCGAAAGUCAGCAGAGCGCUCCAACGUCGCAAUCACGGGAACGUGUCUCCAUUUUUAUUGGGGCGCGUCGCACAAGUUAUACCUCGAUGGGGGAAGUAACAAGAGGGAACAAGAUCCACGUUGACGAUUUCCGGAAGUGGCUUGAUGUAACGCUCGAUAUUAACCCUCCAACUGAUAUUGUCCACACUACUGCUGGAGACUUGAUAUUGGAUCCCGCAUACAAGAACAAGCAUUACCUUCAGGGCCUUCUUCUACCGAGUGGAAGCAUGAGCGGAAAGCCACAUAAUUAUGGUUACAACUUCAUGAAAGGCCAUACAAACAGGGAUCGGGAUGCCAUUGCUCAGCCGGGUGGGGAGUCGCGUCAGCGUCUUGCUAUUUGGGCAGCAGGAAUCCGCAUAGGCGGCGCAAAGGGCGAUGAGCUGCUGUCCAUUUACACAAACCUCCUGCUGAACUCGCUGAAUGAGCUUGGAGACGUUGCACUGCCCAGCAAGUGGCCAUGCCUUGAUCCCGAUAUUGCCGGCAAGGUGUGGAAGCAUAUGUGUACCAUCAAUCAAGGGCCUGAUGGGCGUCCCGCAUUCUACUACACCGCAACUGAAGGCAAGGAUGCCGCACAGAUCAUCAGCCAGAACCUGGACCUACACCCGUUCCCCAUAGGAGCUGAGCUCUGGAACAUCUUACGCCGGUUUAAGUUACCCCGAACGCCAUUCGAGGAGCAGCAUCACCGAUUUUCUCACGCCGCUAUCGUAGAAGUGCCGCAGAACGUUUUCGCCUUGAACCUCGAAUGGAUGUUGCAGUGCUGUAUCAACUCGCAUCCCGCAACCAAGCGAAUGGGUUUUGAUAUGGUGGACGGUAAGGGACUCGCAAUCGACGUGGCGUACUUUGACAAGAAGUGGAAGAUACAUGACAGGUGGCUGACGUUUAAUGGUGCCCACCAAGACACGUUUUGCGAAGAGCAUUGUCCGGAACAGCAGGACCCGUUCUGUUGCGACCAUGCAGUGCUCACGGUGUGGAACUACAUGCUGUCUCAAGUCAGAGCAGUAGACGAAUUCAACAUCCCCUUUCCGGCCAAGGAUGAAAAGUGGCUCAAGAGCAUGACUGGAAUUCGAAUCUCGCAAAUGCCCAGAGGAGUCAAAUGCGCUCGUAAUGAGCGGCGCGGUGAACUAGUUGUCUCAUGGGAGUCAGUGGAUUCGCACAAGAAUAGGGAUAAGCCUGUCAGGGUGAUCCUGCAUUCCAACGACUGUACGGGUGAGCUUCAGUCAUCCUGGGAACAUCCGCUUAACAUCAUGUUCAACCUAAAGGAUGAAGAUCGAAAUUGCGAUUGCCCUAGUCAAUUAUCUCAGGUUGCUAGUGCUGGGGUUACCUUCACAAACCUCGGUACCGAGAAAAAGUACUUUGCAAGCGUAUCUAGAGAUGAUGUGGGCGCCUUCAUCGGUUUGCAUCCUCCUGCGAUCCGCCCCUUGAAAGAGGACCUGUUCGUGAAGCAGGAGCCAACGAGUCUGAACGUGGACGCCAUACAGAGCCCUGUCCAUGUCAGUGAGGAUGCCAUGGAAUCCACAGACGAUACUUCUAACGACGAUGGCGACAACGAAUUCGGAUCACCGGACAAAGAGGUCACUGCCAUGUCGCUAUCGUCUCCGGGCACAAGCUCUUCGGAGAAGGGUUACACGAGCCGUCAGGAUGAUGCCCCUCAAGACGCCGUUUCUGAAGCUCCUGUCAAUGAUGAAAGUCAUUUGCCUGUAGAGUCAUACGUUCUCGGUGAGAGUCUCGACCAUCGAUCGCUAGAUUGGGGCGGCAGCUUCCCUGGAAGCCAUAACUUCUAUCGGACCCGCGACCGUCCCGAAGAUGAUGUCUUCAUUGCGAAACCGAAGGCCAACCUAAUUAAUGAGAAUGGCAAGCGCAUGCAUGACGAACCGUCGGGGAACACACCAGCGAGAAGGUCUAGACCAUCAUUCACGCCUUUGCCUCCUAACGGCAUUCGCUAUCGGUACUAGAGACCUGCGGCUUCCGCUGGACCGGGCCUUGGAUGCCUAAACGCUCGUAAUGGAUCCAUUUCUGCAAUUUUUUAUACGCAUGUUUCUCUCUCAUCGAAAUACUGUCUAUCCGUAUAUAGCAAUGGUACUAAUUUUCUGG